GUAAUAUUAGAACGCUGCGCGCGCAUCCUUGCGCAGUCAGACGCGGCGCGUGCCCGCUAACGUAAAAAUUGGCGGGAAAAGUGACACUCGAUAAAAAGAUUCAACGGUUAUUUUUAUAAUCUAUAUUUGAAUAUUAAAAAAAAUGUGUAGUGCUAAGAUAUUGUGUACGACGCCUAUUUUAGUGUUGAUAGGUGUGCUUCAAUUAAGUCAAGCUGCAUAUUUACGAUAUUACAAUGGAUCUCUCGACAAUUUCGUAGAGACACCAUUGGCAGAUCCGCUAAAGUUGAUCCCUUACAUCAACAAUGAGUUACCAACAGUUAUAUAUACCUUUGGAUACCGAGGAAGGGUAGAUGGGCCAGCGACCACAGCAGUCCUGACCGCUUACAUAAAAAAGAAGAAGAGGAAUAUCAUUCUUCUGAAUUGGCAAGAAGAGGCUGUAACUGGAUUGUUCGGUAUACCGAUAGGAUACGCUUUUAAUGCCAUCCCUAGUGCUAAAAAGGUUGGCCGAGAACUGGGAGACGCUAUAUUAGAGUUAACGCAGGCUGGAGUGGACAUAUCAGACAUCCACCUGGUGGCGCACUCUCUUGGCGCCCACAUCAUGGGAUAUGCUGGGAAAGUGACCAGAGAACACGGCUAUGUGAUCCCUAGAAUCACAGGAUUAGAUCCCCCUGGUACUCUGUUCGAAGGCGCGUUUGCGAUACACAGCGGCCUUGACCGCACGUGUGCCAAGUUCGUGGACAUCGUCCAUACAGACCUCGGGAGCUAUGGGUCCACCACAUCCCGUGGUACUAUUGACAUCUGGCCCAACUACACUGGAGAGAAUAGCAAGCAGCCGGGCUGUCCAGAUGGAAUCUUCGAAUUAUUCAGCCGUGAAGAUCUUUGCAGUCACGAUCGCUCAUGGGGAUACUUCGUGGAAGCCCUCGCCUCGCCGACGGCUUUCGUGGCGGUAGGAGCAGCCAACUACAGUGAUUGGGUCACCCAUGGUGGUGACAUCAACCGCGCCAUCUAUCUGGGAGACCUGACGAGUACACAAGCUAGAGGUAACUACUACAUGAGAACAAACAGCAAAUCACCGUAUGCGUUGCACGCGGAAGGCAUCAAACCAAACACUAAUCAAGCAAGAAGUCGAAGAAACCCGUUCUUAACGAGAUUCUUUCAACUUUUUUAGAACUUAAUUUAAUAUAACGGCUAGCAGGUCAACCUAAUAGUAGAUACUUACUUUAAUACACCUUUAACGAGAUUUAAAAGUCGAAAAUCAAAUAAUAUCUUUACAAGUCGGUGAAGUACAGUGAUUCUCAAAUAUUAUUGUAUAAUUUAUUUUAUUUUUAUUUUAUAAUGACCAGGUAAUUUUCAGAUUGCCUCUUCGUGACCCACAUAAUACUUUAAGACCAGAUUAACAAACCAAAUGACUGACUCACUGACCAAAUACACACAUGAGAAUAGAAAAACUUUCAUACCUAAGUUCUUUGUGGUAUUGGUAGUAGAAAGUCGGCAUAUUUUUGCGAUCGGGCUCCAUUUGGGAAACGCUGGCUUGGGUUAACCUGCUGGCCGCUGUGCCUAUAUUAAGUACGUACUUCAAUAUUUGCCAUAAAUAAAAUAAAAAUGACAAUUGAACCAAAAAGACAAUGUGAUAUUCAUGUAGUCUUUCAGGUAUUACCUAGAAAAUUAUAUAACUGUUACCUAUCGUUACCUAUGUUCAUAUUUUAAGUGCUAAUUUGCCCUAGAAUAAUGGCCAAUAUUCUGUGUUUGUUGUACUAUUAGACUGAUUGAGGUAUAAUAAGACUAAAUAAU